AUGUUUGUCAUUGUUAUUCUUCUUGGUUUCAUCACCUACUUUUUCCUCAACAUGCUUUCAGGACCUUUCCCCUUGCCUGUCCUCGGCAAUGUGCACCAAAUUGGUUACAAGCUACUCAUCGAGAAGAAAACCUUCGACGGUGUAGCUUUGCAUGCACUAUGUAUCUCUCGAAUACACAUGCUUCAGGAAUACGGUCCCGUCCAUACUUUUUGGUUUGGACCUUUGCCAACUGUAAACAUUUGUGACUAUUCUACCGCUGUUGAUGCGAUGACAUCCGCACCCUACAUUUCAGAUGGACGUGGAAUCAUCGUUACGAAUGGACAGCCAUGGGUAGAACAGCGUCGUUUUGCACUGCAUACUCUUCGGAACUUCGGUCUAGGGAGAAACAUCAUUGAAGAGAGGAUCAUGUAUGAAUUCGAAAUUAAAGGUCCUUCCAGAAAGCGUGACAUAGCUAACGGAACUCACGUUUUACAAGGCGAAGGAGACGAUUUCGUUGACGCAUUCCUAAUUCAAAUGAAGAAAGAUCGUGAAAGUGGAAAAUUACUCGCUAGUGAUGAAACGUUGCUCAUGUCGUUGCUGGACCUAUGGUUUGCCGGUCAAGAAACUACUAUCACCACGCUGGAAUGGGCAUUCACCUUCUUGCUCCUUAAUCCGCAGGUCAUUUCUCGAGUGGAAGAGGAGUUACUCGCCCUGACAAAAGGACGACGUCCGCUCUCUAUAGCAGACAGGCCGAACACUCCGUUCUAUAACGCUACUUUGACCGAGAUCCAUAGAUGUGCUAUACUGGUUCCGAUGAAUUUGUGGAGAGAAACAUCUGAAGACACUCGCGUCGGAUCAUAUUUAAUUCCUAAGGGGACUGCCAUCACAGCCCAAAUAUCACUCAUCAUGACUGACGAAAAACACUUCAAAAAACGUGACGAGUUCAAUCCUGACCGCUACUUCAAUGGUAACAAGUUGGAACAAAGAGUGAUCGCCUUUGGGUUGGGGAAGAGAUCGUGCCUUGGCGAAUCACUCGCUCAAGCAGAAUUAUAUCUGGUAAUCGCUAACUUUCUACUUCGCUACAAAAUCUCAGCAGAUCCUCUACAUAUGCCAAGUAUGAAGGCAACUCAUGAAAUGGGAACUGUCCGACGACCACGACCCUACCACAUUUGUUUUGAACGUCGGCAAUAG